GGUAUGCAAACAUAAACAACACUGCAAAUAGAUAAAAUAUGGUGAUAUUGUGAUGAGCCUGAACUUAGACAGGAAUUAACCAGACAGAGCAAAGUCAUGAGGAUAUUUUUAGACACCAGUCUCCUCUCGUUAAUGUUGUUCUCCUGUUUUUCCUCUGCUCUGUCCUCUCUGUAUUCCUCCUCUUGUCAGUUACAGGGACAGUUUGAUCUAAAUGGGAUGCACAAACCCGGAGAUGUGAUUCUAGGUGGGGUUUUCAAACUUCACUUCUUUCCAGCAUAUCCUGAUCUGUCUUUUACCUCAGAGCCACAACAGCCCACCUGCUUUGGAUUUGAUGUAAUGGGAUUCAGAGAGGCUCAAACCAUGGCCUUUGCUAUCGAUGAGAUCAACAGAAACUCCAACCUGCUGCCUAAUGUGACUCUGGGAUACAGUCUGUAUGAUAACUGCAUCCAACUAGGCAUUGCAUUUCGUGCAGCACUGGCCUUAGUCAGUGGUCAAGAAGAGCAAGUUACAUUAGAGGAGAACUGUGUAGGAACUCCUCCAGUCCUAGGGAUUGUGGGUGAUUCUUCCUCGACUCGUACUAUUGCCAUAUCCACAGUCUUAGGUUCGUACAGAGUGCCUCUGGUGAGUUAUUUUGCCACAUGUUCAUGCCUGAGUGAUCGACAAAAAUUUCCAUCUUUCUUUAGGACGAUUCCGAGUGAUGCUUUUCAGGUGAAUGCUAUGAUUCAGAUUCUAAAACACUUUGGUUGGACUUGGGCAGGUCUGCUUAUCAGUGAUAAUGAUUAUGGAGUCCACGCUGCCCGAUCCUUUCACUCUAAUCUGGGUCCAGCUGGUGGAGGUUGUCUGGCUUACACAGAGAUUUUGCCCGGCGUUUAUGACCCUGCUGAACUACGGAGAAUAGUGGAUGUGAUGAGGAAAUCUACAGCUCGAGUGGUGAUUGUGUUUGCAAGUCAGAAUCACAUACUCAACCUUAUGAAAGAGGUGGUGAGGCAGAAUGUGACAGGCCUGCAGUGGAUGGCAAGUGAAGCCUGGGUCUCAGUGAUUUCACCCCAGAUGCCCCAUCUCAUGACGUACCUGGUUGGAACACUUGGCAUUGCCAUCCGUCGAGGAGAAAUACCAGGUCUCAGGGACUUUCUCUUACAAAUACGCCCUGACCUACAUCACGAAAACACCCAUGGAAAUAGCAUGGUGAAUCAGUUUUGGGAACACAGAUUUCAGUGUAGAUUUGCACCACCUCCAGCAGGUUGGGUGGAAGCUGGAGGAGAAUUAUGCACUGGACAGGAAGCUGAAGAGAAUGCAGAGACUGAGUUUUUGGAUGUUUCAAACCUCAGGCCAGAGUAUAAUGUGUAUAAGGCUGUGUACGCUCUGGCAUAUGCUCUUGAUGACAUUCAGCAGUGUGAGCCAGGGAGAGGACCUUUCAGCAACAACACCUGUGCUCAUUUACAAAGACUGGAGCCAUGGCAGCUUUUGCAUUACUUGGAAAAAGUCAACUUUACCACAUCAUUUGGUGAUCAAGUGUCAUUUGAUGAAAAUGGUGACGCCUUACCAAUAUACGACAUCAUGAACUGGGUGUGGCUCCCUGAUGGACAAACUAAAGUUCAGAGAGUGGGUGAGGUUAAGAGGUCAGCCUUCAAAGGUGAAGAACUCACAUUGGAUGAAGACAAAAUCUUCUGGAACUUUGAAUCCAAACAGCCUCCACAGUCGGUGUGCAGUGAGAGAUGUCCUCCAGGUACCCGCAUGGCCAGAAAGAAGGGGGAACCUGAGUGUUGUUUUGACUGUGUCCCUUGUUCCGAGGGAAAGAUCAGCAAUACGACUGACUCAAUGGAGUGCACCAGUUGUCCAGAAGAUUUCUGGUCCAGCCCCCAGCGUGACCACUGUAUUCCUAAGAAAACAGAGUUCCUCUCCUAUCAUGAGCCUUUGGGUAUCUGCUUGACAACCACCUCACUUUUGGGCACAUUUGUCUGUGUUGUUGUUCUGGGCAUAUUCAUCCAUCAUCACAGCACACCUAUAGUUCGUGCCAACAAUUCAGAACUAAGUUUCCUUCUCCUGUUUUCACUCAAAUUGUGCUUCUUGUGUUCAUUGCUCUUCAUUGGACGACCCAGAUUAUGGACUUGCCAACUAAGACAUGCAGCAUUUGGCAUCAGCUUUGUGCUUUGUGUCUCAUGUAUCCUGGUGAAAACCAUGGUGGUUCUGGCUGUGUUCAGGGCCUCCAAACCAGGAGGUGAAUCCAGUCUCAAGUGGUUUGGUGCUGUGCAGCAGAGAGGUACAGUUCUGGUUCUGACUUCUGUUCAAGCAGUAAUCUGCACUGUCUGGCUUGUCUCUGCUUCACCAAUGCCUCAUAAAAACACCCAGUAUCACAGUGACAAGAUAGUUUAUGAGUGUGUAGUUGGGUCCACAGUUGGUUUUGCAGUUUUACUUGGUUAUAUUGGUUUACUGGCUGUCCUCAGUUGUUUGUUAGCUUUCCUAGCAAGGAAUCUUCCAGACAGUUUCAAUGAGGCCAAACUCAUCACUUUCAGCAUGCUGAUCUUCUGUGCGGUGUGGGUGGCCUUUGUCCCUGCUUACAUCAGCUCACCAGGCAAAUAUGCAGAUGCAGUAGAGGUAUUUGCCAUCCUGGCCUCCAGUUUUGGCCUCUUGGUGGCACUGUUUGGACCUAAAUGUUACAUAAUCCUGUUGAGACCAGAGAGAAACACAAAGAAAGCCAUCAUGGGUCGAGGCACUGAGACUUAAAAACAGCAAAAUACAAAAAUAAUCAAUUGUUUCCUUAAUACAAAUAUUCAGGUACAGAAUAUGUUAACAAUGAUAUUAAUGUUAUGUGAGAAAGAGUAUGCUCAAAAACACACAGUCAUUUAUAGUAAUGUACAGUAUGUAUUGAACAAAGAGACAUACUUUUCAUUUGAACACACAAAAUCCAAAAGAGAAUCCACAUUGUUUAAUCUUAAUGUGAAUUUUACAUCUCCUCCAAUAUGCUCCAGUCCAUUUUUGCUCUAUGUGAUGAGUUGGUAUAGGUUUUGAUUUCCAGUUCUCUGUUUAUGUGUGAGUAGUACAUGUAGUGCAUUGAGACCAGGCUUUGUGUAGUCAAAUUCAUAUUUUGUUAAAUAAAAGUGCAGAGUGGAAAUCCUUCCUUCCGUCUGUCUGUGCUCUGCUAAUGGCUACUUCAGCUAAGCCUCACCACCUGCAUUAACUACACGAUAUAAAUGGUGCCUUAACAUUAUUCCGUGGACGUUGUCUAGGAACCAGAACGAAGAGCUUUGACCGUGUCGGUCUGCUUUUCUCCACCGUGGGAGUCCAGGUGAGUAUUCCAUGUUGGAUCUAAUUUGAGUGGGAACUAACGUGUCUGCAGUCAGGUGCUAGUUUAGUGUCCGUGGCGUGGGAUGUAAGCACUUGGCUUUGCCUCUCUGCUGGAUGGAUAUGACUGAUCGCUCCCAAUAACUGCUUUCUAUGUACGGUUUGGAUUUCUAUUUUGCUGCAAGUAAUCACAUAGUGCUGUGUGUAUUAUAAAGGAGCUUAUUUUAUUGAACUGUAGCAUGGAUAGUUAGCAUGUUUUAGCUCCUAUACAACAUUAUAUAGGUGUGCUGACUCUUACUCUGACAUGGACCUUACUUGUCUGACUGCAUAUGUUAUUCCUCACAUACUUCUCAAGGCCAAGUAGAACAGGUUCAGGACCUACAGGCAGAGGUUGUAAGACUGUGAGAGUAAUCGUCGGACUCACUGGAGCUACAGCACAGCAUACUCAAACGCCAGGAGCAGUCUGAUAAAAAACACUCAGACAGUCCUGUAUCCCAACAACCAAACCAAGCUUCCAUGGCCACUUCGACCCCGUGUACACCCAGUGCAGCCAAAUUCGCUCAAGCUGUCCAACACAUCUAGACUGAUUGCGGCUGUAUUGCAUCAUGCCCCCGAAGACUGGUUGAAUACUGUCAACACCUACAAAUCCUCACUGAAGCUGUCUGACAUACAGAUGCUACAUUAACUGCCAUGUUUCCUUGCAAAAGAGCUAAUAAAUGGUUUAAAGCACUCAGUUCGCAUGUCAUCAAGUGGGCUCAGUUCUGCUUCUUUAGAACAGUUUUUCUGCCAUCUGACCUCCAGGACCGUGUCCUGAGAGGCAUGCUUGACCAAGUCCAAGCACCAGAUGAGCCCCUCUCAACACUUGUGGCUCACAUGCUGGGCGAGUGUAACGAAUAAAAGAGCCCACUACCUGCCCAGGAGCAGAUUGAACUCAAUGGAAAAACACAGAGUUGCACUGUAUGGCGCCCUUAUCUCAUCAGUGAUGGACUUGUUGCUGCAAGCUCAUUCCCAAUCUGUAUCAGACAGUCAGGAAACUUUUGGGGGUGAGGCAAUCCUCCCUGCAGACACUAACUGAGCCUUGUCCCACUUGCCACACCCCCACAAGAGCAACAUGUCCUAUGUCAUGUCUCAGGCUCCCUGGAACAGGCCAUUGAGAACCAAAGCUAACUUUAAUCCAGGGCCCUUGGAGGCAACUUUGUGUGGCAAUAUAUAGUUCAGUAACAAUCAGAUGGGCUGCAGUUCCACCCAAUCACAGUGGGAGACUGCCACAUAAAGGCGGGCGUAAAGCACCUGUCAGUCCUUUGCUUGCUGGAAGCUGGGUCGCGUCACUCCUGUGCUUCCUCCAUUUCCGCAUCCGUGUGGUUACAGGUGGGCUGCCGGCUGCAUUUCUUGCGUACGUUGCCCAUCCAGUACUAAUGUGAUUGUUUUAUAAAGGUCCACUUG